AUGGCGGCUGCCAGCGAGUUUCCGACAGAACUCGCGACCCGUCCUUUGGGCCUCACAGCUCUUAUGGGACUUGAUAUUAAUCAGAAACCUUUGCACAAAGCUAUCUGGGAGUCUUUUUCUGUGAACAGGCAUCCUGAGAGAGUUCCACUAUCCUUCAGACUUCUACCAAUUGAUCACGAAUUUCCCAAAGCAAAAUCAAAGCGUUCUACCUAUGAGUGGUACAUACCAAAGGGUAUCUUGAAGACAAAAUGGAUGCACAAACAUCUUUAUCUCUCUCCUGCUGUGGUGGUCAUGUUUUAUGAGUUGGAUUGGGAUGACGUUCAGUGGAAAGACAGGCAAACUGAAUGUGCUUCAAAACUAGAAAGAGUCAGGACCAGCCUUCAAGACCAGAACACUAAGGUUGCUGUGGUUCUUAUCCAAAAGAAUGCUCCUCUUCCUCCAGGUGAUGAUUUACAAGCACUAGAGAGGGCAGCAACACUGUGCAGUGCAUGUGACCUGUCAGCCAAAUCAUUGUUUGUCCUUCCACAUAAAGAUUACUUGAUUGGCUACACAAUUAGCUGA